CCCAUAUGUUAGGCUGCCACACACUGUAAAACAGGGAUUAAGUUAGGCUAUUUUUUUUUAUCAAUUCAGGGCAAGCAGCACUUAUCAGAUUUAAAAUUCUGCUGGCAGUCGAGUUUGCGAGGUGACACGUCUUUUUUAGUAAACGAUUUUAUAGGACAUGUGACUAAAUUACCCGCUCACAUGGCCGCUGUGUUUGCAUGAUCCGCUUUAGUUUUUAAAGUCCGGUGCUCGGGCUCGCUCUGCAACAACCAUCCGGAGCAGAAGACCACUAAAACACACGACCUAACCGGACAAGCCAUGGCGAGCAGUGGACAAAAAGUAGUCCUGAUCACCGGUUGCUCCUCCGGCAUCGGGUUACGAAUCGCCGUCCUGCUAGCCAAAGAUGAAAAGAAGCGUUACCAUGUCAUUGCCACCAUGCGUGACCUGAAGAAGAAGGAUAAACUGGUGGAGGCAGCAGGUGAUGUGUAUGGGAAGAGCCUCAUGCUGCUGCCUCUGGACGUGUGCAGUGAUGAGUCAGUCAAGCACUGCAUCAACAGUGUCAAGGACCGCCAUAUUGAUAUCCUCAUCAACAAUGCAGGUGUGGGCUUGUUGGGACCAGUGGAGAGCAUCAGUAUGGAGGAGAUGAAGAGGGUGUUUGAGACCAACUUCUUUGGCGUGGUGAGGAUGAUUAAAGAGGUCAUGCCUGACAUGAAGAAGAGGCGGGCAGGACACAUCGUGGUCAUGAGCAGUGUUAUGGGUCUACAGGGUGUAGUGUUCAACGAUGUCUACACUGCCUCCAAGUUUGCCAUGGAGGGCUUCUGUGAGAGUAUGGCAGUCCAACUGCUGAAGUUCAACGUCCAUUUGUCUAUGAUUGAGCCAGGGCCGGUGCACACGGAGUUUGAGACGAAGAUGAUGGAGGACGUGGCCAAGAUGGAGUACCCAGGAGCUGAUGCAGACACUGUGCGCUACUUUAAAGAUGUUUACCUGCCCUCCUCCAAGGAUAUCUUUGAGGCCAUGGGCCAGACCCCAGAGGACAUCGCCAAGUGCACUAAGAAGGUGAUCGAGUCAAGUAACCCUCGCUUCAGGAACUUAACCAACAGCCUGUACACGCCCAUCGUAGCCAUGAAGUACGCCGACGAGACAGGCGGCCUGUCGGUUAACACCUUCUACAACCUGCUGUUCAACUUCGGCCCCCUCAUGCACAUCACCAUGAGCAUCCUUAAGUGCCUGACCUGCAGCUGCCUGCGCAGACGCACCAUCUCACCAAACUGAGAGAGGAGAGACUGUGUCUGGGUCUGAAAUGGCACCCAAUUCCCUAUAUUGUGCACUACCAGGGUGAAAAGUAGUACAUUAUAUAGGGAUAGGGUACCAUUUUGGACGCACCCUGUGAGAAAUAUACAGUGGCGUAGCUGCAUUACUGACACCCAAACAUCCCCCUCUCCCAGGAGUAAUGGCUAACCAGGUAGACUAGACUGGACCACCUGGGGGAAGGAGGGGCCAGGUAGUUCUCAGAGAGAGAGGCCAUGAGAGAACCAGGAUAAGCUUUGGCCAAGCAACCCACACAAUUGCACAAACACAGACAGUACAGUGUGACCUCAUACAUGGGGCUAGGAGUUUUUUCUGGUCAGAUCAUGUGAUCAGGAAAAACUCCUCUUCAUACAUACACAUGGUUACACACAAACAACUUACCCACAAACACAGCCAUGCAUCUCCUCAGUCCCGGUCUUUUGAGGUGCUGCUGGGCAAUGACACUGUCUGUCCAUCCAUCCGUCCAUCUUUCUGUCUGUCCAUCCGUCUAUCUGUCUGUCUGUGGACGGAAAAACAAAGCACACAAAACUUAACCAGUUACAAAAAAUUACAAAAAACAACAGCUUUACAAUCACAGUGAAAGCGUAACAUAGCACCCAAUGAACUUAAGACUCAGGCCUUGCUAAACUCUUAGGACAAUGCAGUAUUUAGCUCUGAGUUACAAAGAGUCUACUAGAUUCCUUCAUUGUACAUUUGAUUUGAUGUAUGUCUUUAUAAUAGUAUUGUUGUUCUGCUGUUUAAUAUUAUUCCUGCAUCUUUUUAUAAGCUGAAUGUGUGGUUUUUAAAAGUUUGUGAAUGGAUAGAUUGUUGAUAUCUUAUUUUUUAAAGUAAUUAAUUGAUUUAGAAAUAAACUUCUUGAUUCACUCUGA